CUUUUUUUUUUUUUUUAAGUUUUUUUUUUUUAUAUAAGCUUUUUUCUUAUUUUUUUUUAACGCCGAGUUUUUUUCCCGCGAAAACGGACUAUCUACCAAUCCACGAUGAAGUUUUUAACUUUUCUCUUCUUCCUUUUUUUUGGCUUCCUCUCCUUUCACGAUGUCACGAGUACGAAGGAUAUUCCAGCCCAACCGGCUGACGCUCCCCUAACUCCACUGAACAAAUUCGACAAGUACUUUCUACGCAUGUACAACAAAUCCUCCAGAUUACAACAGGGCGGAGGGGGCUACGUAAAUGGAGUUAACAUGAAGAAUACGAUUUUCAUUUUGUACUUCUUCGCAAAAUGGUGCCACGCUUGUAAAAUGCAAGCAACCGAAAUGGACAAACUGGAAAAGUACUACGGCAAGCGAAUAUACAUUUUGAAGGUGGACAUAGACCAGAACGAAGCCAUGGCUAGAAAAUUCGCCGUCAAGUCCCUACCCACAAUUAUCAUCAUGAAAAAUAAGGCAGUACUGGCGAGGAAAGAUCACUUCGUCAAUAGUAACGAUUUGGUUUCUCUUGUAAGGAAACAUUUGUAAGACCCCCCCCUUGCGUCAUGGUGCUAUUGGAGAAACUAACGAAGUUUUGGGGAUAACCGCAUUGGACAUAGGACACUUUUGAUUCAUCCCUUUUUGCAUUUUCUUUUUUUAACUUCCCUCUUUUGGUGCCCCCGUCACUUCUCAGUCUGAGCCUGGUUAUCAGCUUGCAACUUCAUAACCUUUAACAUGAGUUUAUUUUUUUUUUCAUUUUCCUUUUUUUCGCGCUUCGCCUUAUUGAUGAUUUCGUUUUUAUCAUCUUCGCCGAUUUCGCUGUGACAAAUGCAGCACGUC